AUGGAAUCCCUCUCACCUGAAUGUACACCCCUCAAACAUCGUUAUGAUUCAUGUUUCAACGCAUGGUUCGAAGGAUACCUUCAACCAGCUUUAGCCGCUGCUUCUUCGUCGCCUUCCUCAUCCUCCUCUUCUACAUCUUCAACCCUUACUCCCAUGUCUCCUACAACUCCUCAAUUACCUCUCAGCACCACGUCUACCCCACCUCCACAGAUCAACCAAACUACACAGCGUAAACCACUUGUGACAUCCUGGGCAUCGGCUUUCCCCUCCAGACGGAUCUUCGCUCGUAAAUCUCUUUCUACCAACCCAACUCCAGGUGCUCAAGCGAAUGGUCAACCGGUACAGGAAGAAGAACAUCACUGGUAUGAUUUUGCCCUAUCCGAACCUGAGCCUGAAUCGGAGACUGUGAGUGAAGCGGUAGAAGGGAUAGAUACGAAAGGGAAGAGUAGAGCACAGAUUAAAGCAGAGGAGUAUCAGAGGAAUUGUGGGAGAUUUUGGGAAGAUUAUCAAGGUUGUUUGAAAAACGCUAUAAACCAAAACGAAUCGCUCUCCGCUUUAUUGGAAACGGCAAGAGAAGAACACCCUUUAGGAAGUUUGGAUGGGUUGAAGGGUACUCCGUGGGAUUCAAAAGCUGAUUUCACGAAAGAGCAGGAAUAA